ACGAUCUGCCGACAGGAUGAGUAAAAUUACUCGUGACACCCUUUAUGAGUGCGUUGGUGGCGUCCUUCAAGGUGCUAAAGACAAGCCUCGCAAGUUUCAAGAGACUGUCGAGCUUCAGAUUGCCCUGAAGAACUAUGAUCCUCAAAAGGACAAGCGUUUCAGUGGUACCAUCAAACUAAAGAAAAUCCCAAGACCACAGAUGAAAGUCUGUAUCCUUGGUGAUGCAUCUCACUGUGAUGAGGCAAAUGCUAAUAACAUCCCUUGUAUGGAUGCUGAGGCCUUAAAGAAACUCAACAAAAACAAGAAACUUGUCAAGAAACUCGCCAAAAAAUAUGAUGCUUUCUUGGCGUCUGAGAGUUUGAUUAGACAGAUUCCUCGUAUUCUUGGACCUGGUCUAAAUAAGGCUGGUAAAUUCCCUACACCAAUCACCCACAAUGAAAAUAUGGUUCAAAAGGUUGAAGAUGUCAAAUCGACCAUCAAGUUCCAAAUGAAGAAGGUUCUUUGUCUGAAUGUUGCUGUUGGUCACGUUGGAAUGAGUGAUGAAGAGUUAGCUGGCAAUGUCAAUCUUGCUGUCAACUUUUUAGUUUCUCUGCUUAAGAAGAACUGGCAAAAUGUGCGUGCUCUUUACCUGAAGAGCACUAUGGGAAAGCCUCAGCGUCUGUACUAGAUGAUGAAAUCCCAAUAAAAGAAUUCUAUUUCAGAA